AUGAUGGACUCCCAGGGCUCGCAAGGUGAUGAGUUGUUGUCCUACCUGCAGAUCUCGCAGCUGACCUUCACCGAACUGCAGGGCUUCCUGGCGCUGCAGUGUGUCUUUGAUGGAGCCUUGGUGCGCCUGCUCUUCGCGCUGUUGACGCCCACAGGGCCUUUGGUAGUUCUCUUGGGCUGCUGUGUCAUCGAAGCCUUCCUACGAGGUACUGGAAUCCAACUUGCGUUGAAGAUCCUUGCAGUGUUGUUCAUUGGUGGUGCUGCCGGGGCCCUUGAAUUGCAGGGAUGCCAACGUGUGGAUGGAGCAGGGGAAGCACUGGACCCAGAAGCAGCUUUUCCUCCUUUGAUGCCUCACCUGCUUUGCACAGAUGCAACAUGGGUCGACUGGAUUGGCCGGGCAUGUGCCGCCUCGUAUGGGGUGGUGAUUCCUUCCUUUUUGGCAUUGCUCUUUUUGAAGCAGUACGUGAUGAUGCGCCAGAGCAAGACGUUCUUCGCAACCUCCGCAGGCAGCCAGGAGGAGGUGACCCUGCAGCUACACACGAUGAGCAGCAAAGAGUGCAUGAAGGAAGAUGUGAAGAAGAAGCGCUUGGUUGCAGCAGCAGCGGCUUAUGUGGCAGUUCAUGCCAAGGGGCGCGCCGUGGUCAAUUUGCAGAAAGAUUUGAGUGCAGUGACUGUGAACAUCGCUCAGGAUGCGGAGGUGCUUGGCGAGCUUGACACUGGGCUGUCUGCGGAUUUCCUGGUGCAGCCGGAAGAGGCCGCGGCGCUGCGCAGCCGCGUGGAGAUGCUGCGCCACGACGCCAUGGUGCGAAUGCUCACGGAGCGCAGCAUUCUGACGGAGAUCCAAGCAGAUCGUUCCGAUCGUGUCAUGUUGGGUGCGCAGAAGCUCCUGUGCAAAUACGUGAGCUGCCAGUUCGUAUGGAUGGAGGUUUGCCUGAAGUUGGCCUCUACCGCUAUGGUUUCU